AUGGUUCCGUGUUGUGUGUGUGGCGAUAGAAGUUCAGGGAAACAUUAUGGCGUCUUUUGCUGUGAUGGUUGUUCUUGUUUCUUCAAACGAAGUGUACGCAAGGCAGCGGUUUAUACGUGUAUUGUGGGCAGAGGAAAUUGUAUUGUCGACAAGCAGAGACGAAACUGGUGUGCCUAUUGCCGUUUAAAGCGUUGUCUUCAAAUGCAAAUGAACGUGAAUGCCGUUCAAGAAGAACGCGGCCCCCGAAAACAAAAACCCAUAAUUCAAUCAAAUAUUCUCAACGAAGCAAAAAACAUACCCAUAAAUAGUAUGCCGAAGAUUUUACCAUUUCCAUUUGAAACAAAUCAAACGUUGAAUUUUAAUGUGAUGGCACAGAUUUUGGUGGCAUGCGUAAAACAGGCAAAAGUUAACGAACAUUUCCAACAGUUUCCAUUACCGCAACAGAAGAACAUUCUUAAAAAUGUGUGGACGGAAUGUUUUGUACUCCGAUCAUCUCACUGGCCUAUUGAUAUUGCACCGAUUAUUGAACAGUAUGAUGAUCCGUUGUUGAAACAAGUUAUAGACGAUACGAAAACACUUCAGGCUGAUUUAAUGGAAAUUUCACUGUUGGAAACAUUGAUUCUGUGCAGAAAAGAAUAUUCAUUGGGCAAAUCAGAAACGCAAAAAAUUGAGCAUUUGACUAAUGGCGCCUUAAUGACACUCGGCCACUACUGCCUACAACGAAUGGAAUGGACACGAUUUGGAAGAUUAUUAUUAGCUUUGCGGUCCUUGUCCUUGUCACCUUUUGAUACAACACUAAAACAGCUUUUCAAUCAUCUUAUCGACGAUGUUAUUGAAUCGAAAUGA